AUGUCGAAAAUUCGAGCACUUGUUGUUUCCUUUCACGUAGCGCUUUUGCUGCGGAAUUCCUCGGCGUUCCUUGGACAAAAGGUUCUAGGCAGGAGGACAAGCCGAACUUUAUCGCUACCAGCAUCUCCGGACGAUGACUUGAAGGGUGGACGAGAUCUUGCUCGUGAGUUUUACGAACAAGUAAGAAAACGUGAAAGUUACCCAGAGGCAGACUUCGACGAGUUGUCGGAACUGCCGGAGAAAAAGUCAGCGCCAAUGGAGCCAAUCGACCAACGACCCCCUGCAAAAGAAAUAAAGGAACAACAAAACAAGAAUGUUGCCAAACCAUCCGCCCCACCAGGUUCUCGCCCGAACUAUUUUAAGCCACGCAAAUUUACCGGAGCCUCGCCGAGUCCAACUGAUGGUGGAUCACUGUUUUCGUCGGAACAAGCAGAGCCGACUGAGAAUUCGGCUGUAUUCCGAGAACGACAACAAGAAUUUCGCCUCGCCGGAAACUUCGAGCGAACGUUUGGAUUGCAGGUUGCGUUGGUAGCGUUUUUGACAUCCAUCAUAGUAGUAGUGGGUCUUUCCGGCGGGAUAACGGAUGGUUCCGACCGUGAUUUCG